AUGUUUCGUCUUGUCGCUACACGUAUUAUAUCUACUGGUAGGAUACAAAUAAAAUCUCCAGGAUGUUUAUCUUAUUCAUCUCGUCGUUUUCUACAAAGUUCUGGAUCUCAAUCGAAUGAACACUCUGUCAUCUCGACAACUACAUCAGUUGAUACAAAGAAAAGUGAAUCAUCUAGUCAAAAAAAUAGAUCAUCAUCUUUGCCAAAGAUUUAUACUCGCAAAGGAGAUCGAGGUACAUCAACUCUAUUAAGUUCUGGUCCGAAUCGUUUAUCAAAAGAUUCAUUAAUAUUUGAUGUACUUGGUACGAUUGAUGAACUAUCAUCAACAAUUGGUAUUGUUAUUUCAACUUGUUCUUUACCUGGAAUAUCAGAACAUUUAGAAAACAUUCAAUGUGCUCUAUUUGAAAUUGGUUCAUGUGUAGCUGCUGAAAAUCGUUCACCUCGUUUUGCAUUCAAUAAUGUCGCAUCAAUAAAACAUUUAGAAGAACAAAUUGAUAUAAUGACAAACGAAUUACCGGCAUUACGUCGUUUUAUUUUACCUGGUGGUUCUAGUCAGACAGCAUCGUAUGCUCAUUUUUCAAGAUCGGUCUGUCGUAGAUCUGAACGUUUAUUAACAAAGUGGAUGAAGAAUCAAACUGAAGAACAACAAGAAACAGUCAUGGGAAUUUAUUUAAAUAGACUUAGUGAUUAUUUAUUUACAUUAGGACGAUAUAUAGCAUUUAAAGAAGGACAUAAAGAAAUAUUAUAUCGCAAUAGCAAAUAA